GCGAGCACUUUUCCCUAAACCGUUAGUGUCUCCUCCCACCUCAUUAAUAUUCAUGAGCAAAGUUGCCUGCGUGCCGUUACGCUGUGACGACAUGGAAGAACUGCGGGUCCCGAUUGCUGCAGCCGCUUGUCAUUGUGACGAAGAUUGGCACUAAGUUUAGUGGUGCUGCAGAUCAGCUUUAUAGAAUGCCCAAGCAUUGUCCACGGCAACAGUAACUAUGAUGACAUCCCCAUCGGUGUCCAUGGAGGAUUACCAAGAGGCUGAACAGAUGCAAGUGGGAGAACAGGCGGCGGGACAAGUGGAGGUGACGUUGGAGGAGGAAGAAGAGGAGGACGAGGAGAGAGAGGAAGAGGAGAGCAGCUCAGCACCGUCUGAGCCACAGUCUCCUAUGGAGGUCUACAAGACGGCCAUUUACAGACACCCCUUGUUCCCCCUGUUGGCACUGCUCUUUGAGAAAUGCGAGCAAUCCACUCAGAGCUCGGAGUGCGUGACCUCGGCCAGCUUCGAUGUGGAUAUCGAGAACUUUGUGCGAAACCAGGAGAAAGAAGGCAAGGCGUUCUUCAGCGAGGACCCCGAUUUGGACAAUCUGAUGGUGAAGGCCAUCCAGGUGUUACGGAUUCACCUGUUGGAGCUGGAGAAGGUAAAUGACCUGUGUAAAGAUUUCUGCAGCCGCUACAUCGCCUGCCUCAAGACCAAGAUGAACAGUGAGACUCUGCUCAGCGGAGAGCCAGGAAGUCCCUACUCGCCAACACAGACACAGCCGCUGAGCUCGUUCACUGGAGCCAUGAGUUCACAAGGUAUUGUAGUACCAGCGUCGGCUUUACAACAGGGCAACGUUACUGUCACAACUGUAAACCCCACACAGGUGGUAACAGGUGGUACAGUAUAUCAGCCCGUUACAGUUGUUACUCCACAGGGACAGGUGGUCACACAGACUCUGUCACCAGGAACAAUACGCAUCCAGAACUCACAGCUUCAGUUGCAGCUGAACCAGGAUCUGAGCUUUUUCAGUCAGGAGGACAGCUCGUCUAAGGCCAAGAGAGGCAUCCUGCCCAAACACGCCACCAACGUCAUGCGCUCUUGGCUCUUCCAGCACAUCGGUCACCCAUAUCCAACAGAAGAUGAGAAGAAACAGAUUGCCCUGCAGACCAACCUCACACUGCUGCAGGUUAACAACUGGUUUAUUAACGCUCGACGACGGAUCCUUCAGCCUAUGCUGGAUGCCAGCUCCUCAGACACACCCAAGAGCAAAAAGAAGACGCCCCAGACACGACCCCUACAACGCUUCUGGCCCAACUCCCUCGCCUCCUCUGUGACCCAGCAACAAGUCACCAUGGAAGACGGUACCACAGUAACAGUCGGUGUGGGUGAGGACGGACUACAGACGCUCUCAUCAGAUGGAGCUACGCUGGCCAUGCAGCAGGUCAUGAUGGGAGGUCACAGCGAGGAUGAUGAUGAUGAAGACGACGACGAAGAGGACGAGGACAAUGAUCCUUCUCACUCCGACAUGACCAGGCUGGGCCUGGAGACCAGCGACUCGCUGUAGUAGGACUGAACCACACACACGCACACACUCUCACAGUAACGUAUAUAGUAUAUAGAGAGAGACGUUUAAGGAGCAUUAGAGCACUAAGAGACAUUCACACAAACACCUCGGCUGGCGUGUUGAAGGUCACAGUGCACAUCCUCAAGCUGUCAAACAGCUUGUUUGGAGUACAGAGAAAAGGGCUUAAAGCCACACACACCGAAACAAACCACACGCACACACACACACACACACACACACAGAGGUAAAAAGCCAAGACAAAAGCACAAGUCUCUCUCACGGCGGAACACACAAAUCAUUUUCCACACAGUUAGCCGAGUGCACUUUUUUGUAUGAUACUGUAAACUUAAAGAAAGUGUUCAAAGCACAUUUUGAAAGAGCUAAAAAGAAGGAAAUAAAAAAAUAGUGAUGCUGGAUGAUUCAGUUGUACUUAUCCUCAUGGUCUCAGAUACUAUGACAAUGAGAUUUCGUCUCUUGCAUGCCUGUGUUUGCUUUAAUCAGGCACCAGGAAAAAGAAGGAACUAUUUUUAUAGUACACUGUCACAAUUGAUCGGUGCCAAUUUGUUUGUUUUUUUCCCAUUUGUUUGUUUUGCUCUGGUUUGCUAUGUUUUGUAAGGAGUAUUUAUGUAUGAAAAAGACAAAAAAAAAACACUUUUAACGUGCAGGAGGUUUGUGGGAACUACUUAGUACAAAGUACAAAGAAUGGAUAAUACUGUACGCUGAAGGCAUAGACUCUGAAGCCUUACAUUUUUACAUUUCUAAUGCCGCAAUGUGAGACGGUCUCUGAUGUCACUUCCUGUGCAAUCGACAUGGAUACCGUGUCCAAAAAUGAUAUUUUGCAAGGUCGUGAUUAUUGUUUGCGACAUUCAAUGCCUGUAAUUGUUGUAUGAGAAGGAAAUGUUAUUUCUUUUUAAUGAUUAUAUUAACCGAAGUUGAACCGAGAAGGACGUCAACAAGACUUUGUAUUUA